UAGUGACGUGGAGCGCUCGCCUAAAACUCGUGUGCGUUUCGGUACCAACAGCUGACGUUUAUUAUUUUAGUUCGGAAUCCAGAGUUUCGAUUUAUUUGUUCUUUUUCCGUUAACUAUUUAUAUCUUUUGCCUGUUUCAAUCAUGUCCGGUCAGUGGGAAGUCGUAGUCGGCAAAAAAAGCAAGCCAAGCAAAUUGCCCGUCUUAAAAAAUAGCGAAAAGCACGAGAAUAAAAAGAAGAACGUUUUAAAUGGUGUAAAAAUCGAAGAAGUAUUGCCCAAAUCUCAAGUGGAGAAUAUCUAUGGAAGCGUUAAAAAUAAGGAAAACAAUAAACCAAAAGAAAAAAGCAACAAAACUCAGGAUGCUAAGAAACCUCAGAAAAAAGUCGAGAAAACUCAGGAAGCUCCCAAACCUAAACCUCCCAAAUCCAUUGAAAGUGCCCUUACCUCUAUAAAUGUAGAAGAAUUUGUACAAAUUUACGAAAAAAACAGAACCUUAUACCCGGACACACCUAUUGUGUGGCUGAAAGAGUUGGUGCAAUUUUUAAACCAAAAAGUGCCAAUUGAGCUGGCCGAUCCUGUUUUUACAAACAAACAGCAAGGUUAUCCACUGAACGUGGUUCCACUGCCAAUAAAGACUGUCAUCGAGAAAUCGGUUAAAGAAACUGGCAAAAGCAACAUCCAAUUGUUUUUCGAUAUUGCUUUGACCUCCAUGACGACUGAAAUGAGCAAAGGUCUUCCAGCAUUGGGAUGGAAAUUUUUCCUCCAAUACAUUGCAACAAUCGAGCCUAAGUUGGUUGUGACCAGCAUCAGCAAACACAUAGUUUUAAGGAAUUCCUAUCAAAAUAGGUCCAAUGUGGGGCUUUCCAUUUUAUGGGCUGUUGGUCAAGUUGGAUUUGCUGAUUUUAAUUCUGGGCUUAGAGUCUUCCAGGAACUUAUGCUACCCCUAAUGGAAAUGAAGGCUUACUCCAGAUUUAUUGCUAAAUAUUUAUUAGACAUAAUAACCAGCAAUAAAGACAUCAGCCUAACAAAGGAGGAAUACCUAUUAAUUCUUGAUACAAUUCACUCCAACAAAAAGAAUUUUCCCAACGAAUUGAAAAACGAUUUUUCCAAACAAGCUGAUAAAUUGAAACAAUCGUUAUUUGGGAACCCAAAGGAAAAAUACAAUCCUUAUGUUGACGCCUUUUUGAACAAAAUCAUAUCAAAUAGCAAUAAAGCUUACCAAAAUAGCCUUUCAAGUGCAUUAAUUGAAGUUUUUCAACGAGAUCCCUCGACUUUUGUUAAUUGGAGUAAAGGUUACUCUAAAAAUUUGGCUGCUAGUGUAAUUGUUAUGAAAUAUUUAUAUGAAAAUUGGAAAUCGGUAUCAGUUAAAAUUAAUAUUAAACAGUUUGUUGAUUUAUUAAAUAAUUUUAAAGUUACUAAUGAGGAACUUUCCAAUAAAAAAAAGAAAGAUGAUGCUCUAUAUGAAUCUAUUAAUAUUAUUAAGAAAAUGGAACAAAAAAUGGCCGCUAAAAAGAAGUCCGGCUCCAAAAUGUGCUACUUUUUCCUGCCCAUGAUGGGCAUUUUCCUAUUCACCUUUGGACCAAGAUUCUACAACUACGUUACGGAAGAAUGCCUAAAAAAAAAUAACCCCAGUGACUUCUGUUACUACACAAACUUAUCAGUCAAUAAAACUCAUGACGCUUGGGUUUGCGUGGAUAAAAGUGUCGAAACGCAGUUUCCGCAGUACAAGCAAAAAUUGGACGGCAUUUCCAAACCUUACGUUCGUCUAGUGCAAGACCUUGGUGUGGUGGUGUACAAUUUGGGUGUCAACGUCAAGGAUUACGCCGUCGAAACUUAUCCUGCCUUGGUGAAAUCUAUCGAUUCUUACGCCCCCGGUUUAAUUGAGCAAUCGCAAAGGACCGCCCAAAACGUGUGGUCCACUUCGGUGGUGUAUUACACAAGGAGCUUGGACUAUCUCAAGAACGAAGUAUUUGUGGGCCAGCUCUCCCCCGAAAACAUGCAAAGAGCAGUUUUUGAUGCUUACAACGUGACCCAAACGAAAACCUCCGAGUAUAUCUCGUGGAUCUACGAAAAAGUCCAGACCAGCAUCAAAUGAGUAGUGUUUUUAAAUUAGAUUUAUUUAAUUUUUUACUUUGAGAAUUUUAGACCCGUUAAAAUACCAUGUAUGUUGUUAAAAGGCCUUUGAUUGUAAAUAUUUUUUAUGCUUUAAAUUGUGUUGUUUAAGUGCAUAAAGAAUGUUUUCAUUUCAUGGGCUUGGUAGUAACAAUGUGUAAUAAAUUGUUAUGCAUUUGUUGAAAUGACCAUCUUUUUAUAUUAUUUAUUUGUAUAAAAGCCAUUCAAAAAAUUAUAAUUUAAUAUUGUUAAUU